GAAGCAACUCAUGAAAACACUCACAAAGGACAACCACUUUGGCCCAACGCAAGCAUAGAUACCCCAACAAGAAAAUACAAAAGCAUAUGAAUUGGUUUCAAAAUUCAUGGUACAUGGCCCCUGCGGCCACAUUAGAAAAGAUGCUCCAUGUAUGCAGGGAAACAUUUGCACAAAAAAAUACCCAAAGCAGUUCUAUGAACAAACAACCAUUGACGAAACAGGACCGACUCAAUACAAUUCUAGUUCUUCGUUCUUGAUUCUGGGUUCUUGGUUCUCAAGUCAUCAUGCCAUGUUCCUUCGCCUUAGUUUUGCUCACUUUAGCUUCGAUAUGUCGCGACAGUUUGGCAUUAUCAAAACCUGUCAUAAAAACGAACACAGUUUAGUACGACGGAGGCGUAAACCCGUGUUCCAACAAGUACUUCCAGUUAUACCAAAAGGUAAACGCCCAGAUAUUGUUCAAGCAUCAUUAAAUCGGUCGUACAUCUGGGAAAGUUGCACAGUUUACACACUCACAAAGAGCAUGUGAAUCCAAGAGGAUGUAGGAAAUUCAGUUGAAAAUCAAAAUGCAAAAGAAUUCAACAAUUGGUUGUUAAAGAUGGGUAAUGGAACCUUGCCGACAAAAGCCCUGCCGGAUGAGGACGAGGCCACCUGGAUAGAAAUACCUCAACAACACUACAUCCCAGGUCACUCCACUGACAUGUCAACUUUAAUAGCAACCACAUACCCCAACUUCCUUGAAAAAUGGAAUGAUGAGAAUUACCUCAAAGAACGAGCAAUAUUGACCCCAUUGAACACCACUGCAGAAGAUAUUAACCAAGACAUGUACAAAUUACUACCUGGAGAGGAAAAGGCAUAUACCAGUUGUGAUGAAAUCUGCCAGGCUUCACAAGACAGUGAUGCACAUGAAAUUGGAUACCCAACUGAAUUCCUCAACACACUAACCUUCCCUGGGAUGCCAAACCAUUUACUUACUUUGAAAUGUGGCACACCAGUACUAUUACUUAAAAAUAUCAAUCCAACCUUAGUCCUUUGCAAUGGGACAAGACUAAUAGGGACUGAUCGACUUCAACCCAAUCAAAGGGAAGCAAAUUGCAGCAUGACUUUAUACUGCAAAACACCAUACUCCAACACCAUAUCAGGCUACACAAACAUGCUAUACAAAACUAUCUGCAUAUUCGCCCGGUGAUGCAAACCAAAUUCAAGAAUUUAUCAUCACUGACAACCAUACAACAUGCAUGACACCAGCGAAUUAUUAUUAAACGACAAAUAUGAAUUCAACUAAUUAUAGGUUUUAUAAUGUUUUUCUUGAUUUGCAGUUAUGUUUGUUUGAAAACUAUAUUCAAUAUAUUAUAUUUUCUCUCAAAUCAUAUUAUUAAUUUCCUUUACCUCCAAAUUAAAUAUAAAUUACUCAACUCACAAAACAUAACACAGCCAAUCAUACAAUAAUUGCUUCUUAAUCUA